AUGAAUAAUUUAAAACCGAGAGCCUCCAUAUCCGAAGAAAUGUUUCCUUUGAUGUGUCAUCCUUCCAGUGACUAUCGACACUCUGAUGAUAUUAAUAUAACCCGAGAGGUGUUUAGAAAUAAGACCACUGCAGUUGAAGUUAUUGUUAAACAAGCUAAUAAAAAUAAAAAGUGUUCCAUGCCAGAAAAUACUACAAGUAAUGUAACGGGCGAACUUUACGCAGAGAUAGAAAUUCUAAAGAAUAAGUUACAUAAAGCAAACACUAAUUUAGACGAGACGAGGAAAUGUUUCAACAUAGUUUUGUGCGAAGUAAAAAAACAAUUAGAAGCCGCUAAUCAAAGAGAAUUGAAGAGACAAACAAAGAAUCUGCUUUUGCAAUUAGAGAAAGAAAAACUGAAGGCCUUAUUGGAUUCAAAGUCAAACUUGGUGAGGAAGCUCAAGAAAGAAUUGUUAAGUAUGAGACGGAUACUGAAAUUCGUUAUAAAGGGAAUGCAUUGCAUUCCAGACUUAUUUGUAGACGCUUUUGAUGAAUACUCUGAAUUUGAAAAAGAUCUACAGCGACGAAGUGCAUCUGAAAAAAACACAAAUGGCUUCGAGAGUCUCACUCUUGAUAGCAUAUUGUCGAGUAAAAUCUGA